AAAUCGUGGUAGUGGUGCCAUGAAAUCGUGGUAGUGGUGCCAUUAGAUUGCGCUCACUUUAAGAAUUCACUCCAAAGUGGAAACUUUCGAAACCCUUGGCUCUCGCCAACUUUCAAUUUCAUUGCGGUGUGGACUUGCGACUCACCAGCCUUAAUGCCUUUUACGGUGAAGCUCACGCUCUCACAUGCGUUGCAAAAGCAGAGAUAUAAAGUAGUAAAAGUUACCAAAGAAGCAGUCUUCCGCGUACAUACACAGAAAACUCAGCGUCAGAGCACACCAUUCAAAAAAAUUCGCUUUUCUAAUGUCUUUUACCAUGUACAAACCUAGCAACUUCAAAAUCCAUUCUUUGUCUCCAAGUCUUUGAAUUAUUACCAUGGCGGUUAUGGGCGGCGGUAGAGUUGAGGUUGUAAGUAGCAAGGGAUGCUCUGGACUGUUUUCACCUUCGUUGCCUUUAGUCAGGGGUUUGCAUCUGCAACCUUUGGAGCCAAUGACUCCUGUUUCAUCUUUUCACGGUUCUGAACCCAUGGAAGGGCGAUCAAGUGCUCCUUUUGCUGGGCUCGUUAUAUGCGUAACUGGUCUAUCUAAAGAAGCAAGGAAACAGGUCAUGGAGGCAACGGAGAGAUUAGGUGGCCAAUAUAGUCCCCAUUUGCAUCCUCAAUGCACCCAUUUGGUGGUUCAGAGCUUUGCUGGGCGUAAGUUUGAGCAUGCACUGAAGCAUGGUGCAAGAAAUGGUCUUUUUAUUGUCACACUGGGUUGGUUUGUUGAUAGUGUUAGAAAAAAUGUGAGGUUGAUUGAAUCACUUUAUAGUGUGAACAAUUUUGGCAAUAACAAUACGAAUUGGGAUGAUUAUAAACUGCUCUCUGGGCAUACAAAUGAAAAUUCUUGUCUUCCUGUAAGUCUCCACGAAACCAAGCAAAAUGACAGAGUUGAAGAAUUUCAAAGAUUUUCUGGGUGUGAGUCUGGAAAGAAUGUGGAUUUGCUCUUAUCCGGUUGCUCUAUUUAUGUUGAUCCAGGCAUCUCACCUGAAUUGCGGAAUAAGGUUGUCGAGACUGCUUCCAGAGAAGGUGCCAGUUUGAUGGAACGGUGGUUUGUUGGUUGUAAUGCUAGUCAUGUAGUCACUGAAGGGACAUCGAUUCAAAGAUAUCUUGGAUAUUCUAGCAACUUCAUUACACCACUGUGGAUUCUAAAAACAGCUAAGGAGAAACAAGUACAAAGGCUUGUUCACAUGUCUGCUGAUUUGGCAAGGCAAGUGGGUUUGAUGCUUGAGGACAUUCAUACUGGCACUACAAGGGAGGAAUCACUUAAGCACGAUCUCCCUGAAGAUAUUCAGGCCGUUAAAAGUAAAGGAAGUUACAGAGAAAGACAACAAAUUGUGAACUCUGCAAAAAUAGGUGUCAGAAAUCGCCGUGGUCGUCAAAUGCAGACUUGUCAGACUCCAAUGCGUCCUAUAACACCUAACAACCUUCUGGAUUCUAUCUGCUGGUCAAUAUCUGAGCCAACUUCAACAGCCUCCAUUUACACCGACUCUCUUAGUGAAGAUCCUAAUGAAACUCAUUUUUCAACCUUUUGUGAUUCCAAAGGGGCCGUCAAAGAUUCAGAAGCUUCAUUUUCAAACUCCACUCGACCUCUAACAGAAAGUGAGAAAUCUGAACUGAUAUUUAAAAACCACUUUCUUACCAUUCUCUUUCCGAUUGAUCGAUUCACUGAGAUGGGUCCUUCGUCAAGAACAUUUUUCAGCCACAACGGCUUUACAUGCCUACAGGUGUUGGAUCGUAUCUAUGCAUUUUAUCAGGAGAAUCUGUCAGCCCAUGAAAUAGAAGCUGCAAUUCAUACUGAUUCAAGACAUGCUGAUGGGCUUCGAUCAGUGUACUCCAGUAAAGAAACAGCAGAACGUGGGUUUUUGAUGUUCAAAAGGAUUGAUUUCUUGGGUAGUCGUACAAGUUUUGAAAUGUUGAAACGUGUGGCUGGGGACAACAACUCUAAUGUCUACGAACUAUUGCUCAGGGCCUAAUACCAUUCAACUCCAACUUGGACUUUUAUUGCCAACAUAUAACUUUUGAAUAGUGCCUUCUGCAGCGCAUGCAUGUUAGUUUUGAUGGAUUUUCAAGUGAACAGGAGACUGGUACCGUUGGAUAUAAAUGUAUUUGAGCGAAUAAAUCAAUUCAAUCAAAAGGAAAACAGCGAGAGUGAAGGAAAAGAACGUAGAGCAUUCCUGGUGACAGGUUACCAGACUAAUAGUCCAACACGACGAUGCUCGAACAUGUAAAGGAGAGUCGUAUUUGUUUCCCAACACCUUUCUGAUACAUGUAGAAGCAGUAAGAAUGAAUUUGAAUUUGAAUUUCAAUAUGUAUAAAGUUCGAAAAAAUAGUUGUAUUGUUCAUGGCUUAUGAAUAAUUUAAUUUAUUUUUUUAAAAGUUCUA